AUGUUGUCCAAGUGUUUGGAUCACCUUGGGCUCCGCAGCUUCAGGGCCAUGGCCCUGUUCACCCUGUUCCUGUGCAUCGCCGCCUAUUCGCUCAUCAUGUUCCUCGGCGGGCCUUGGGAGAUUCCGUUGGAGAACCAGGAGUCAUCUGGCUUGGUCUCCAGGCGAUAUGCGGCGGUGCAGCGCGCCCAUUCUCCGGACCAGGAGGUGGAGCCUGCAGCACAAUCCCUGCAGGAAGAGCAGGAAUCCACGACGACGGGCACCAUGCCAGUCGAGCCUUGGCUCGCAGAUGUGUCGCGCAAGCCCGGCAGCCCUUCCGCGAAACUCCGGAUGCGCCGCGAGAAGUUGUCAGAGUGGCUUCGAUCUGUUGCCACACUUCAGGAGGUGGAAUUCCUUUCGAGUCUGCGGACCUGGGUCUCCCAGACCGAUCCUGGCAGUGUCGCCGAAGCGCUCAACAAGAUCACCGGCGAGACCGGAUGGCACCGCUGUGCCAAAGAGCACGAGCUGUGUGUCUGUUCGUCGGCGAACAUUCGCUUCGGCCGCGGUUCCCGGUGGAUCACCUGGCAGCGACCAGAUGCAUAUCCGGCGACGCAGACGCACUUCUCCAUCCGGUGCGACAUACCAAACUUUGGCGGACAGGAUCCAGCUGAGAUGCAGCCGAAGGAAUGCCAAUGCUACGGUGUUGCAGAGCCUUUGGAAGGAUCUGCUGGAAGCGCGGCAGGCCUGAACCCCAAUGGUCCUCAUUGUGGCAGUGCAUGCUCUCUGGGCAAAACGAGGGUCUACAGCGGCAGCCCUCGUCCAAGGACGGAAAUAUGCCGCCGCCCGACCACCCAUGAGCAGCUUUGGUCCUGCAACCAACUCGUGCGGCGGGUACCUCAAAGCAGCCAGAUGGAGCCGGAGGAAGUGCUGCAUGCUGCAACCGAUGAGUUUUGCAGAGACAUCCGGCUACAGAAGUUUCUGGACAUCUAUCUCGACUGCGACUAUGCCGAGAAUUACAUGCGGUGGGCACCCGAUGAGUGGAUCGAGGAAGCCUUCGUGACCUACAUCGCUGGCGAGGCUAACUCGAACUUCGAAUGGAUGGCCACGAACCUCAUCCGGUCGGUGGCACUCUUCUCCCGCCGUCCGAUCAUUGUUGUGGUCUGCGACCUGACUUUCCGGCCGCCUGCACACUGGGCGCGCUUUACGAACGUCCUGGUCUACAAGAUGCUCCCUGGCAUGAACUACCCUGUCUCCUUCAACUUCAACAAGAUCCGCAGCAUGAUCGCGUCGAGGGUUGUCGUUGGUGUUCAACUCGACGUGGAUCAGCUGGUGGCACCGCUUGUCGACAGAGUUUUCGGGGCAGCCAGGCAGCAGACGACCCGGAGCUACCCAUUCCCGUUGAUGCCAGUUCACUGGAUGGCACGCGAUACGCGCCCGGGCGAGAUGUUCUACGAGUAUCGCCUGCGCUUGUGGCCGCUCGAGCAUGGAGCCAGAUGGUGCCAUGCGCACCCCACCUGGACCUACUGGGGCUUGCUGUUUCUCAGCGAUGUGCUGCUGAAGCGUUACCUGGUCGGGCUUACGAAGCCCAGGGCUACCACGGCGGGACGGCUUUGGUCCCUGUCGAACCUGCUACCCAUCGACGCAGCGAGCGUCAUAAAGGACAAGCAGGACGAGGACAUGCUCAAUGUGGAGCUGUGGCUGGCCAACGCCACGAAGGCAGCGGAAGCGGCAACGUCAGGAUUUCGAGACGACAGACAGGCCCUCCCACUGGCUGGGUCGGAGGAUGCAGGGAUGGAGAGUCCAGUGCUUUUCUUUCCGACGAAGUCCUAUUCACCGCAUUGCAGCUUAGUGUAUCCUGGCGUGGAGUGCAGGGUCGCAGGCGCAGAGCGGAGGAGUAAUUUCGCGGAAAAAUUCACCGCGGCUGGCAACUGGUAUGCCAACAAGGACGAGGCUAAUGCCCAGGGGGCUAGGCCCAGUUUUCAGGGCUGGGCAAGCCCAGCAGACAGGUGGCUCAUCGACAAAGCUACGGUAGAUAUGGCGCUGAUCUCUGAUGGCGCCCUGCAGCGGUUGCCGGCUUCCUUCCGGGAGGCUGCGAUGGGUGAGCUCCGGAGAGUUCUGAAGCCAGGUGGUCGUCUCUUUGCCGUUGCAUCUGACGAAGAUGAUGAGGCAUAUGGGGGGGACUGGCAGCAAGGGAUGAAAGGCUCCAUCUUCGACAAGGGCGGCUUCGAACUGCAAGCCGCGAAGAAGGGCGAGUGUGGCCUCACCGUCGGUUAUUUCAGGAAGAAAGGCAUCCGAAGAAAGAAGCCGAAGUUGGCGAAGGCUUCCGCCAAGUCCUUCGAUGUCGACCCGAACGAGCUGAGCGCCCUGCUGGGCGGUGAAGACUAG